AUGUCUGGUCGUUUCUGCUGUUCCCUGGCGCUGCUCUCUCUCCUGCUCACACCCAUUCAAACCUGUGACAACAGCACCCAUUACUCAUGGACCAUCGACAAGAAAAAAGAGUGUUGCAGCAAGUGCCCCCCCGGAAAUAAGUUGAUUAGUCGGUGUACUCGCUCCAACCUGAAGAGUAAGUGUGAGCCUUGCAUCGGUGAGACCUUUAGUGCGAGCUGGAACACAUACGGAAGCUGUCUCCAAUGUAAAACGUGCUCGGAAGCAAAUGGUCUUCAAAUAGAGAUGGAAUGUACCAAAACAUCCCAAGUUAAAUGCACUUGUCGACCCGGAUACGCAUUGAACACUGCCCCUCCCACAGACACGGAGAAAUGUUUUAAAAUAUGUAACGAAGGAGAGCAAGUGAAACGAGGAGAUUCCAACGCCUGUGAACCGUGUCUGCCAGGAUUUUAUUCGAAUAAAAAAGGAACCAAAUCGUGCAAAGCGUGGACAAGAUGUACUGACGACCAACGGUAUUUAAUUAAGAAUGGAUCACAAACGGGGGACGCGGUGUGCAGUUCCUCCGAGCCUCGACAAACGACCACCAGCAAAGGAAGGCCCCCUGCCACCGAGACCACCCCCAGCACAACGCUGCUGAGAAUAACAACCCAUCCAACCUCAGCAACAACCGCAGGCAGACCAAGUUUGCUGAGAGACAAUGCAUUUUUCAUCUGUGUCAUCGUGGUGACUGCCCUUUUGUUAUUCAUUGUCAUAUUCAGGAGAAUUAUGUCCUGCAAGGACGGAAACCGGGGUUUCCGCUGCUGUUUCGGGGACAGGAACUACCCUAAAGCACCAAUUCCUGUGCAGGAAGAAUUCAAUGACAUCACAUCAGUGCAAGUGAAAAACUGAACUCUUUCUUGUGUAAAGCAGCCCUUUGCCGCUCUAAAGUUUACAAGUGAAUUAUUUUCUCUGAACUAAAAUGUGAAUAUGAAGAAAACUGUUCAGCAGGGAUUUUGAUAUCAGUGUUCCACAGACCUCAUUUAGAAAUAAGUAUAUAUUUCUGCUUUUGCCAAAUACCACAAUCUGAUGAAGGGUCUCGACCUGAAACGUCACCCAUUGAAUCUGAAGAAGGGUCUCGACCCGAAACGUCACCCAUUCCUUCUCUCCAGAGAUGCUGCCUGUCCCGCUGAGUUACUCCAGCAUUUUGCUUCGAUGUUCAUUUCUCAUACGGUCCAGAGACUUUGCGUUAAGAACUUACAGAUUUGCUUUAUUUUUUGUUUACUUGGGAUUGAAAGAUUUUUAAUUCUCUCAGUCCCAGCCUUGAUGUAGAUACGAAGGAUUUUUAAAAAUAUGGAUUAAUGAUCAUCGUUUUCUGAAAAAUAAAAGUGGUUGGAGGUUUAGUUUGGUGCAAGAUGCAGCGUGGAAACAGGACC